GUAAACUGCAUUCUGAGAAUCGACAAAAGAAUGGCCGAAAAACUUGCCCCGUAUAAAGCGUAAAUGGUACAAAAGGAAAUACGCAAAUUGAACUGUGAGAGGAUUUUUGUAACAUUUUGCGAAGCAGAGCAUGUCUCUGCGGUUUAUCUGUGUCGAGGUGCGCCACAAUCUGCGCUGUGCUAAUGUGUUCCUCCAGUUUGACCAUAGCCUGACCGAAACAGAAUUUUUAAAAAUUGUCGUAGAAAAUGAUGCACUAACCUUCCGUGAAUACUCCACCGCUACAUGUGUCUCGCUUAGCAAAUAUUUUACUGCUGAGGCGCGCACUAUAAGUAAUUUGACAGUGGAAGAGUGCAAUGCCAGUUUUCGUUUAACAAUUACCACUGAUAAUGAUGAAUUUGUUGCUGAGAAUGGAGCAAAAAGGGUGGAUAAUAAACGAAGGGUCUAUGUGACGCCCAAACCCGAUGUAGUAGAGGGGUGCCAGCUAUUAGUUUUAUGCAAGAAUUGUAAAUGUGAGCUCAGCACUACACUUGAAUGCCAAAGAGUUAGGGAGUUUCCAUCGGGCUCGAUUGACAUGAACGAAUUUUUCUGCCAUCAUGGCCCUAAAUUUGACGAAGUUCUGAUACCAAAGCUUACUGACUUCUUUUAUGGCUUCCAAUUUGUUGUACUUAAUGUAGAGUUAAUGCAAGAGCGCGUGAAAUUUAAAGACGGGCAUGUUUACUGUCGACGAUGUUUGCAGUAUCUGGGUGAAACGAUGUUUAGCGAUAAGGCAGUCAAGAUAUGGACCGAUACAUUGCUCUCUAAACGAAUACUAGGUGAGAAUGAGGCGAAUACAAUCAACGUAUUUAACGACGCAGAAAUGACACCAACUUGCCAGCUUCUACAUAAAAUCAUUGACGAUACCCAAGUGGCCGAUGCUGGCGUGGAGCUACUACUGCAAAAGAUGCAUUUCUCCAAGGUGCUGCUGGAGGCCACUUUUCCCAAUCGGCAACGUAAAUACUUGCUCUUGCAAGUGCUCGAAAAAGAACUGCAGGUUCUGCGUAACACAAAGCCCUUAGCUCACGGCAGCCAUAAUAAUAAUAAUGUAUUGCACGUGGAAUUGGAGCCGUUCAAAUGUUUCAAACUGCUUUAUAAACUAUUGGACGAGACGGAAGAUGAAGGUGGAGGAGUGAACAAAUCAGAAGAUAGAGAUAGCGGCGAUGCCAGUAGCGGUAUUAAUGACAAUUUACUACUGCAGAGUUGGAAACAGGAUAUAUCUAUACAUACACUCAAGGUGUCACCUACAAUUUUUAGUACGUUACUGGACGAGUUGGAUGACAAUGCACUACUGUUACCCGAAUUGUACCGCUAUACCCAUGACCAUUUUCAGUUGAGUUAUGUCUUCUAUAAAAAAUAAGGGGAAACAAAAAAUAAUGGACUUUGCGAAAAAAUUCACGAAACAUAUGA